UUGCUGAAAAAAUUGCUGCCAAGAGAAAAAGUACCAGAAGCAAAUGUCAGCCGAAAAAAGUAAUGAUUCGACAGAUUUAUUGAAUUUUCCAUCAGAUUCCUUCCUUGGGACUCUGACUGCUUCGUUUCCUUUGGAAUGGCAAGGAUUUUUUGGCGUUUUGAAUGCUUAUAGUCCAAAUCCUGUACAAAAUGCUUCUCUCUGGCUGAAACAGAAGCAAACUUCAAGCAAAAAUUCUGAAAUUCCUCCGAAUUAUUCGAUUCUUUUUGAACAUUUAACUCAAGAUUUUCCUGUUGUAGUUAAGAAAGAUAUUUAUUUCAAGCCAAAAAUAAUACUUUUCCCGCUACAUCUUCAAAGAAAUAUUGCUUCUUUUAUUUUGUCAAACUCUGCUUCAAUUCCUUUAGAAUGUUUGAAAAAGUUGGUCAAAAAGUUGGAAGAGUUGAAGGAAGAUUUUUAUAGAGGAUGCUCUUCAACACUAAGAAAACUUUUGAAAGUUAAGAUUAGAGAAUGCGAAAGAGAAAAAGAGAGCAGCUUACAGGAAGAGAGAGCUCAGUUUUAUGUGAAUGUUAUUACAGAAGAGUCUAAGAAAAGAUUCUUGGGAUUAUGUGAAGAGAUCAAUAAAAAGAAUCUUUGCAAUGAUACAGAGUAUGCUUCUGGAACAAGAUGGAUAUCUCUGGAAGAUGAAACUGAAGAAAAAAUGAAACAAAAACAGGAUAUAGCUUCAGGUAUAACAAACAGCUUCCCUACAGAGACUGGUGAAGGUGUUUUGGAGUUUGAACUAGUUGAGAAAUGGGACGAAAAAAAGAAUAUUGAGGAUGAAAAAAUGGACAUUGAUGUUGCUGAAAACUUCCAACGAAAUAUUUUGAACCAAAAAACUACAGAAAAUGAGAUAACAAUAGAUCCUAGUCCCAGUAAAAAGUCAAAAAUGGAAGAGGAAACAAAAAGCUCACAGCUUGUUGUCCCCUCAGCACCAGCAAAGUUUGAAGUGGCUCAUGAACAACCAGUUAUAACUAAUGAAUUCAAGACAAAGAUUGCUCCAUUGCACAACCUGAUUCAAGCCCUCGAGUCACAAGAAGCAGUCAAAGCCACAAAUUGUUUGGAUGGAUUAAACAUUUUCUGUGAACUGUCAAGUUUUGAGAUUGAAAAUAUCUCAAAUAUUAUAAAGUUGGAAGACUUAAAUGACCAAACCAUAGCUUCACUUUGUCAGAGUUUUGCAUCCCUUGAGUCUGAACCAAGCUACAUGCAUGGUUGUGCUUUUGCAUCUCAUUUUAUUUUGCCAAGAUUGCAAAAGAUAGAGCAGACAGCAUCAAGAUUAUUAACAGUCUCAGUUACAACAUUUUGUAAGAAAUAUCCCAAGGCUGUUUCUGAGGGUUUGUUUAUCAGAUUACUUGCUGACUUGUCCUUUAGUUCUUUCCAAGCUGAUAUCAUAAGUAAGACUUUGAAGGACAUGCCGAACCAAGACGCUUCAAAAUAUUUAUUGGAACUGUUAUUAAAAGCCCAAAACCUCUCUCAGUGCUGCUUGAAUGAGGAUAAAGUUUUGGUCAUGCAGACAAUCAUUGAUGGCAAGCCUGUAUUGGAUGACAGUUUAUUUAAAGACUACAUAAGCGUACUUCAAGAGAAUUCAGUUACCAUGGCGAAGUCUCUCAAGUUUGCCAAGUUGCUAUUGGCAACUAUAAAGAACUAUAGUGCGCAAGUUGUUUUUCAUAAAGAGGUGAUGGAAGCUAUUUUGCAGAGAAAUGAAACUUUCUUAAAAAAAGCUGGCCAUGCUGCACUGAAGAAAACUUUAGCUACUGUACAAUUAUAGAUAGAAAAUAUAUACAGAACUAUCUCACUUUCUUUUACAGAAAACUCUAUUAUAUCAUUGAUAUAGGCUAGAACUAGCUAGCCUCCUAGCAGGCAUCUCCUUGGCUCUUUUUGCUCCUUGGGCUUCCGUGGCAAGGACGAAAAGACGAAGGGGGGAGGGGGAGGAGAGGGAGAAAGAAGAGAUUUUUCUCUUCCUCACUCGUCUGCACUCCUCCUCCUCUCUAUCGUUCCUAGUUCUUCUCUGCCAUAAGAUUUAAUACAGGGAUCCCAACAGAGAAUAUAGAAUAUAGAAUGUAUGGAGAACAUGAAUGCUGAAAUUCGUAUUUAUGUAGAAUAAUCAUGCUCUCAAAAUAUACAGCUAUUUCAAAAAUGGUUGGCAAAGGUUUUGUUCCAUGCUGCAUAUAGCAAGCACUCAAUCAGAGGCAGAUCC